ACGCAGUAACAGAUAGUAACCCGUUACAGUCACUUCUCAAGAGGGACGCCCAAUAUUGCAAACGAUCUGUGUGAAUGACACCCGCGCGAGCAGACAUCUGUGUGUGAGCGCAGUGCAAUCCAUCUCUCUGCUAGUAGUAUCUCUGGAUUACUGACGUGUGUGCCCGCGCUCUUAUAUCUGUGCGCUCUCGCUUUACGCGCAGUUUGAUGGCGUCGCCGCGCGCUCCUCUCUGCGUUCUCCGAUCAUCGCUUACCAUCUCACGGUUUAUGGACGGCAAGGACCAGAUAUUAUGAUAGCACAUUGUCGGGGUUGGUUCUAUAACAUUUUCGCCAAAGUGUUCUGUGGAAACCGCUUGAGCUCCGAACCGAGCCGUGAGAGAAAAGAAGUUUGCCGGAUACAGGUGCGAUCUCUCUCUAACUCCAGCUGAUGAUCACAGACACAGAUCUGGACUGCCGGAUUCCAGUAGAUCAUAUCAGAUCUAGCGCAAGAUGAAGUCUGCCGGAGCUGGUGAUGAAGGACUCUUCACAGAGAGCUACUGUAACAUCUGCAACGCUCAGCUGAUCUCUGAGUCCCAGCGCGUGGCACACUAUGAGAGCAAGAAACACGCCAACAAAGUGCGUCUGUUCUACAUGCUCCACCCAGAAGAUGGAGGUCCACCAUCCAAAAGACUGAGACCAGACAAUCCGGACAGUGCAGAGAAUGAGGUGGACAGAAAUAAAUGCUGUACGCUCUGCAACAUGUUCUUCACAUCUGCCAUUGUGGCUCAGUCACACUACCAGGGCAAAACACACGCUAAGAGAGUUCGCUUGGUACUGGGGGAGACACCAAGUCUGCCUACACCCACAGAGUCAGCCCCGCCCACCCCUCAGACCACAGACACGCCCCCUCCCUCGUGGCAGCCGCUGGCCAAUCACGGCGAGGCAGGCAAGUACUGCUGCUUGUGUGGCGCCUGGUUUAACAACCCACUGAUGGCACAGCAACAUUACGAAGGCAAGAAACACAAGAGAAAUGCGGCGCGGGCGCGACUGCUGGAGCAGCUGGCUGGCAGUCUGGAUGCCAAUGAAAGCACAGGCCUGCGCCGGAGUUACUCGUGCAGCGUUUGCAACGUAGUGCUGAACUCCAUCGAGCAGUAUCACGCGCAUCUCCAGGGCUCCAAACACCAAAACAAUUUAAAACAGCACCAGCAAUGAAGAACUGGAAAUACUGAAGCUGAAACAGGA